CUUCCUGUUUAAUAACUAUGGACAGUCAUAUUUCUCUCGCCUGUUCACACAUCAAAAAGACCAGAUCACCUAGGCAGAACUGAUAAAAGGACACGAUUUUGUCACGAAUAUGAUCCAGGCCAUGACUGAACAAAACACCACAACAUUAGGAGAGAAUGCGGUGUGGGCUAGGGGGUUAUCCAAGCGAUACGGAAAGAAAGAUGAUCCAGUCCUUCAAAACCUGGCGAUGACUGUAGAGAGAGGCUCUAUAUAUGGACUAUUGGGGCCGAGUGGAUGUGGUAAGACCACCUUACUGCGGUGUAUCGUAGGCCGCCUGUCUGUGGACCGUGGUAACCUAGUGGUUCUGGGGGAGAAACCGGGAACGCCAGGACACGGGAUACCAGGAAGUCUGGUCGGGUACAUGCCACAGGAAAUGGCGUUGUUUAACAAGAUGACAAUCAGAGAAACACUUUUCUACUUCGGCCGCAUACAUAGAAUGUCAAGUCACCAGAUAGAUGAGAGGAUUUUGUUCCUGCUACAGUUCCUUACCCUUCCUGAUCAGGGUAGAAUAGUGGACACGCUCAGCGGGGGACAGAAGAGACGUGUGUCAUUUGCUGUGGCACUUCUACACGAGCCGGAACUACUGAUCCUGGACGAACCAACCGUAGGGGUGGACCCUCUUCUACGGGAACGAAUUUGGGAACAUCUGGUGAAAAUAGCGGGACAUGACAGCCUAAAAACAACCAUUAUCAUCACAACCCACUAUAUUGAGGAGGCGAGACAGGCCAACACUGUGGGAUUGAUGAGGGGUGGUCGUUUGCUGGCUGAGGAGGAACCGAACAUAUUGAUCCAAAAACAUCACAUAAAUAGCCUGGAAGCUGUUUUCCUUAAACUUUGCCAAAAUGACGAUCUGGCUGAAGGUGAUGACUUGGAAAACGGCCAUGUAAUGUCGGCUGGAACUACUGAUGUAGGGGAGAGAACUCCACUUCUGGCUGGCAACAGAGGUGUGGAAUUCAGCGAAGAGAUACAAACAGAUCAUAUAUAUGAACACAAGGUAAUAACGACGGGCAGUAGGUGUACCUGUGGACUUCCUAGUGGAAAAAACAUUGUCGCUCAGUUCCUCAAAAACUUAACGCUGAUGAAGCGGAACAUAGGGUUUCUACUGUUUGAGUUCAUACUGCCGUCCAUCCAGAUCGUCCUCUUCUGUUUGUGUAUUGGAGGAGACCCGUACAACCUGAAAGUGGCCAUCUUCAACAAUGAGACCUCAGGGUUCAGCCAUCUGUUUAUACAGAACCUGGACAACACCACCAUCAAUAAGGUGAUGUUCAGUGACCUGGGGUCAGCUCGACAUUGUGUGGAAAAAGGGGAAGCAUGGGGUCUAAUGACAAUAGGGGAAAACUUCACACAGGACCUCAUCACACGAUUUAGCAAUAGUUCCCAUGUAAGCAACAGUACACUGGACGGAGGUACAAUAAAACUCUAUCUGGAUAUGACCAACCAGCAAAUAGCAGUGAUGCUCCAACAGACGGUUGCCGAGGCCUUUGAGACAUUUUCCCGGUCACUACUGACAAUGAUAGGUCUGAAUCCUGACAUUGCACAGCUACCUGUCAAGCUGGGAGAACCAAUAUAUGGCAGCUUAGAUCCCAGUUUCACAAACUUUAUGGCACCUGGCAUCAUACUCAGUAUUACGUUUUUCAUGGCGACUGGCUUGACAACCCUGGCCUUUGUGGUAGAGAAGAAGGAGGGUCUACUGGAGAGAAGCAUUGUUUCAGGGAUGACCCCAUUUGAGAUAAUGCUGGCCCAUGUAUGGACACAGCUACUAGUAAUGACAGUUCAAGUUGGUCUCCUGCUGAUGUUUGCUCUGCUUGUCUUCCAUGUCCCCUACAAAGGCCCUCUGAUCUGGGUGAUUAUACUGGUGUUGUUACAGGGCUUCUGUGGUAUGACUCUAGGUGUGAUCAUAUCUGUUGUUUGUGAAGAAGAAAGUUCUGCAAUACAGUUGGCUUUAGGCUCGGUGUACCCAAUGUUGUUACUCAGUGGGAUAAUCUGGCCAGUAGAAGCUAUGCCACAGUGGCUACGCUACAUCAGUGUAUGUCUACCUAUGACAUACGGAGCCGACGCCAUGCGUGCCAUUCUCAGUCGAGGCUGGACCUUGACAGACCUUCCGGUGUGGCGUGGAUACUUGGUUACCCUCGGCUGGGGAUUCGGCUUGUUGGCUCUGGGUGGAUUUAUACUCCGACUAAGACAAUAGUAUUCACAGUUAUACAUUGUAUUUCCAUUGUGCAAAAAUUAGAGAAAUCCAGCUUUAACCCUUUGGUUGAACAAUAUGUUAUUUGUUUUAUUAAAGUGACAAUUAUUUUUCAUUAUUCCAAAGUCCAUUUGAAAUUUUAAAUAUAUUUCAUGUUUUUUACUCUACCUAUUUACUUGGUUCUGUAUGAUUUGUAUGACUUAUCUAUGUCUAUACUGUAAUUUGUAUGUGGAUAUCUUUUAAAGUUUUUACAUUGAUUAAAUUAUGAUAUAUAUAAAAUCUCAUGACUUUAAACUACUAACGUCACAGUUCCGGAAUUGGGACAGUACCCAAAAUGGGACACUUGUGGGCAAAAAAACGGCCCAAUUUAAUCAGAACCCUCGUUGACUCUAAAAUAUAUCAACUAUGCAUAUUUUUCUGUUGUUUUUGAUUAUUUAUCCACAAAUAUAAGCCAAAAUACUAAAGCAUCCCUUUCAAGGUACAGUAAUGCCGGUUCAAGUGUCUACGUAACUCUGAUAGUAUUUUGUGAUUAUUUAUAGAACCACGUUGCACGCACCCAAAAUAUCAUUUUGUAAUAGAAAUGAAAAGU